UCCAAACCGGCCCUCACAGCGAGCCUAGCGUAGAAGUCCACUCGUCUGCUAGACUGAGCAGUGCUGCACUCACAUCCACUCGUCUGGUUGUGCUUCAACCAAUCAUCCGAUUUCGCAAUUUGAGAUCUGAGAAACCCGACAACUUACCUGAACGCAUUCUCCCUAACAGCUCAAAAUGAAUCUCGAACCGCCCAAAGCUGAAAUCAAGUCAGCCACCCGUGUAACCGGAGGCCCCGCCACUCCUCGCAAGGGCCCGCCCAAGUUCAAGCAGAGGCAGACCCGUCAGUUCAAGAGCAAGCCUCCAAAGAAAGGAAUUCAGGGCUUUGGAGAUGACAUCCCUGGCAUGGAGGGCUUGGGUACAGAUAUCACCGUCAUCUGCCCCUGGGAGGCCUUCAAUCACCUGGAGCUGCACGAGCUGGCCCAGUACGGCAUCAUCUGAGCCUUCCCAUUACGGGCCAUGUACUUUCAACCACCUGCCUCAGGCUCCAUCUCAAACCUCUAAAUGGAACUGUAACAAACAGAAAAACAAAAUACCGAACUGUAACGAACAUAAAAAUGGAAAAAAGAGAAAAAAAGGACCAAAAAAAAAAUAUAUAUUUCUUGUUGUUCUCUGACUCUGGACUCUCUCCUUCUGGCUGUCACACAACAUCUGCUUCUUUAGGAUCUGUUUCAAUCCCACAACUUCCGUUCCGUAUAGCUGCGCCGUUAUUUCCCCCACCAACACGAAUAUGAAGAAAACUCCACGCCUGCUCUCUGCCCUUUCGCUUUUUCCCCCUUCUCUCUCUCUUUCUCUCUUCUUUUCUAUCCUCGACACGGACCAAAACGAGAAACCUACGCAAGCAAGGCAGCCUCUCAGUGAGUUUAAGUGACAGACCCGUGAGGCAGGUGGGCUCCCGCUUCACGUGCCUCGGCGUCUCGUUCUUCGUCGGAGAAGCUCCAUCCAUCGAUGCCGAACGUAUAAAAUCCUGAACCUGAAUUCUGUAGAGAGCAGACACCAGCUGGCCAUUGCUGAGCGUGAAAGCAUUAAUCAGAUCACCUUCGGGGGCGGUUCGCCCUGCUUCAGUUCAAUCCAACGUAACAAAGUCCUGUUUACUGCACAAACCAAGCCUGAAAUCACAACUUACAGUCGUGCUAGUUCCUGAUCACUUACCUCCACCCCCCCCGUGUUUGGUCUUGAUACCAGUAGCACCUUUCUAAUGUGUACAUAACCCUUGUAUGAUGUUGAUCUAUAUGUAUUGUAUUGCCAUUGCAUGUGUAUAUCUCCUACUUCCACGCGACACGGUGGUGUCCUUUGAGUUUGUAUUUGGUGUUAUUAAGCUCAUUAUUGUAGCUCUUGUUUUUCUAGGGGACAUUUUGCAUUUGUUAACUUUGCCCUUCAGCAGCCGCUCAUCACUUUAUCUGUGACUCAUCUCCAAAUCCUCUCUGUCGUCCUCACCCCACUGAGAUCUGCCGUGGUUCCAACGCAGAGGACAAGACGAUUAUGAAUGGUGGAGGUGAAAGACGGCAGAGGUAUUAGUGGGAUGAAUGAUCACAACGACAACAAAAAAAGUCUGACGAGAUGCGUAAUGGAGCUUUGUCCUCUCUACAGGACGAUGGGGGGAAAAAAUAAAGAAAAAAAGAGUAAAAACAAA